AACGACAUCUACACACAAGACUUUUGCACGGGCAACGGAUAGACUGUUUAUUUGGUUCGGGAAUCUACGACUUACGAACUUCCGGUUGACAACGAACAAUACAACGACCUUCAGUUAUCUGAGCUGGGCUCUACCUAAGAUUUGGAAUACACUUGCACACAACAAUCAUCAUGUUUUCAAGAAGCAUAUUACUGCAGGCUUCAGCCAUGCUGUCCAUGCUCUACACAUCAGCCUCUGCCCAAAACGCCUGCAACAACUCGCCCGACCUAUGCAGUCGGCCAUAUAACAACAUCACCUUCCUCGGCGCACACGACUCACCUUUUCUCCGAAACGAAGAGACAUCCUUUUCCACAUCGGGAAACCAAUACUACAAUACCACUGUUCAGCUUGACGCGGGUGUACGGUUACUCACCGCUCAACUCCACAAGUCCAACGACACUGGCUUGGCACAAUGGCAUCUCUGCCACAGCAGCUGCAACCUGCUCGACGCUGGCACUCUCGAAGACUGGCUUGGCGAGAUCAAAACCUGGAUGGACGCCAACCCAAACGACGUCGUAACCGUCCUCCUCGUUAACUCUGACGGCGCCUCCACCUCGGACCUGGGUACAAUCUUCAGUUCCUCAGGCAUCGACAAGCUCGCCUACACGCCGCCCUCAGCCUCGGUCCUCCCCCAAACCUGGCCCACGCUCGACGCCCUCAUCGGCAACAACACACGCCUCAUGACCUUUGUCGCCUCGCUCUCCGAAGGCGCCUCAACCCAAUACCCCUACCUCAUGGACGAAUUCACCUUCAUCUUCGAAAACGACUAUAAUAACGUCAACCCUUCCAACUACUCGUGCAACCCCAACCGCCCCACGGGCCUCGCAUCCCCCGCCGCAGCAGCCCAGUCCGGCCGCAUGUUCCUCCAAAACCACUUCCUGUACCAGAACCAGAUCUUCGGCAUCCAGUCCCCCAAUGAGACGUACGCCAAUAUCACCAACGGGGCGACGGGCUUCGGAUCCAUGGGCGUUGCGCUGAACAACUGCACGGCCGUGUACGGGAAGCCUGCGAAUUUCGUCCUCGUCGACUUUUUCAACAUGGGCCCUGCGAUUGACAAUGUCGAUCGUGCGAAUGGCGUCGUGGGCUCCAUUGUCGGCAGGAAGAGCGUGAGCGAUGAGGCCUUGGUGCAGAGCACGGGAUCCGGGGUUGUGGAGAGGGGGAAUCUGUUGGCCGUUGUGCUGGCGGUUGCUGUUGCUGUUGCCUUUGGGGCCUAAUGAUUUUUCUUUUCUUUCUUUUUUUUCUUUUAUGAGAUUGUUCUUAACUGCAUGGCGAUGGCGUUUUACAUACAAUGGGUUUGAUCUCUGUCCAAGGCGACAUUGAGUUUGGGGGGGGGGGCGUUAUUUGCUUUUUUUCUCUCUCUUCUCUUUAAGGCGCGUGAGAUUCAGGUCUUGCGGAUAUGUAGCAUAUAGCUCUCUGGUUUGGAGAUACUAUGGGUGACGAAUCAAGAUGCUACGAUUGUUUCAAUACUUGUAACCAAAUCUUUACUUCCUAUACCGUAAACUAGUGACUACUAUUAU